AAUCAUUUGUAUCUAGUACUCCAUUCAGCUGUCGCUGUUACAUGUGUGUUUUCUGUCAACCUUUGUUUCAUGUGUUAGAAUUCAUUCAUCUGUUUCUGUCACCUGGAUUCGAUAUAUAAACUCAGUUCCCAAGGUUAAGAAACUUCUUAACACUACAAAUGUAAAUAUGAUUCGCAGGAGGUAUCACUCUCAGCCAUUUCAAAUUACUUUUGAAUUAAUAUGUAAAGAAAAUGGCAAACAUUCGUUAAUUUACCGAUAGUUCAUCUUCACGAUGUCCGACAUAAUGGAAAAAUGAUUGGUAAAAAUCUUUUCAUUUGUGUUUAAAUUUAAGCCUCGUUUAAAAAUUUGAAAAUUUUUAAUUAAUAAAUGUCACUGUGGUGAAUUAAUAAGGCAAUCCUGAUUUGCAUUUUUGCGACCAAGAAACGAUGCACGUGAAAACCAGUCGGGCGCUUCAAAGAAUGCUAUUAUCUCAUCAGAGGUAGAUGUACGACUGUCAUAAUCCAGAAAACUGAAAGAGAAUUCCUUUAAACAAAAGGACCAUUUUAUAUCAGGUUAGAAGAGUAGUUUUACGUCGUAAGCCUAUCCACCUGAAUUGUGAGGGGAAUUAUGAACUUAUUUCAGGAGGACUAAGUUUUAAAGCAUCCGCUGUAUUCUAUUUGGAUUUUUUCGAAAAGCAAACCAGAAAAAAUAAAUCGUAACAUGGAUACCCCUGAGGACCAGUCCGUGCCCCCCUGGACGCUGUUUUUUGAAGGAUCACUUUACAAGAAAUAUGUAGAAUAUAUGAAAAACCAUGAUCUCUCCAAGAUGGAUAGAUUUGGAGUUUUGAGCAACAAAAACUCGCCACUCACAGAUCCGCCUAUGCUCAGCAACGAAACUAACUGGAUCCCACCAAGUUUCAGUACACAUGAAAACGGAAAUCCAAAUUACAGUGAUCAUUAUUAUGACGGUGAAAAGGGACCGUCCCGCGACUCUCCGCCCCCCUACGGUGCAGCUCCAUGCGGCGGUCAGUCCACAUCCUCGGACACCAAUGCCCUCACGGAGGCUCAAAAGCGCAGAAACAGGCACACAGUUGGAUUUGUCUUUUUCGGAAUUCUCUUAAUCGGUGCUGCCGCUGCCGCCACGGCGCUCAUCAUCCACUACGUCUUUAUAACAGAGCAUGAACGAAUAACAGACCACAAGCUGAAUUUAAUCAACAACAACACUAGAGCCGAUUUAAUCGAAGAAAAUAAAGACGACAUUUCAAUAGAUGACUUAGGGAAGAUAGGACCAAAACUGACCACUGUGUCACCGGCAGAAACUGCCCACAACGGGAGCAGCGUGGACAUCGAUGUGUCUGACCCCGAGACGUUCUCCGUGCCACGUUCGACGGAAGCGCCUGUAAAAACAGACAAAGAAUCAGAACCAGAGACUACCACAUCUACCACUACACCAGCCCCGGAGACAGCGCCACCUAAAAUAGUCGAGUUCCCUGAUUACACCUACGAAAUCGGACAGACCGCUAAACUGCGAUGUAAAAUCAACCGGAUCCGGAUGUGGGACGCUAUCUCUAUUAAUGGAACCAAGGAUGUCGAAGGCCAAGACACACCCUUAUCUUUUAAGCUGCUGAGUAAUAACGAGACCUGUUUGGAAGGUAACGACAGUCGAAUCACAACAGAAUUUGAUAUUCAGCAGACCCGAAAAGCAUCGGCAAAGUACGACGACAUCGAGAUGGUUCUUCACUUCAGUGAAAUCCAGUGCCAAGAUAUGGGAAAUUAUGAAUGCUGGGUGGAUGGUCCAACGGCCUAUAAAGUGACAAACUCGCUGACCGUUAAACGCUACCCAAGAAGUAAACCCGUUCUAGAAAUCCCAUUUUCCAUUAUCGAAAACGAACCAAUUUCCAUCAAGGGCCGCUGGAGCAGUGGCUUUCCACAAAGCUAUGGCGAACUCGGCUGGUACAUAAUUCCACCAGGACGCGACAGGGAAAACCCAUGGACCGAGGUAAAGAAUACCGUCAACACCAAAGAAUGCGAGAACGAGGCUGCAAGCUUGAUCAGCCUGACGCCAACUAUGCAGUUCAACCAGACUAAAAUUAAACUUCAGCCCUAUUUUCUUCCUGAGUAUCUCGCGGAGUCACAAAGACAUAAGGUGGAACACGUGAUACAGGAAAUACUAGUGGUCCCGGCAAACUUUUGCGAUGGGAAAGAGAAGAACAAGAACUUAAAUCACCCUUAUACAUGCAGACUCUUUAUAAUGUGUACAGAGAAAAUCAACGUGUACGAGUGUCCCAAAGAAACAGCGUGCUUUGAUGAGGCAAAGGGGUCGUGUGAGUAGACUGUUAGAACAGCCGGACUCGCCUCACUACAAACAAUAAUGUGUGAUAUACAGAAUACGUGUGGAGAGAUGGAUUACACGUAUAAAUCAGAACAUUCUGCGUCACAGCCUCGGAUAGAUAGAGCAGUGUCCGAAAGUACCAAGUGUGAACUGAAGAUAGAGCCGAUCUGAACCGCUAAUCGAAAAGUGAUCAAAGAAAUGCGAAAUGAACCUGGAAGUGGUCUGUUGGUUUUAAAUUCCACCACAGUUAUGCCAGUUGGAAUGGGUUAACUUGUCUUAAACAACAUUUAGGAAAUUAAACAUAUAUCUGUACAUAUCGAUGCAUGUUAAAGUUUAUUAUUCCAUAUACAUGUCAAAGUUUAUUAUUCUAUAUUACAUUUCCAUUUCUAGACUUUGAUAUCUCUACAAAUUGUAAUGAUAGCCAUUUCCUCGUGAAAAAGAUUAACAUACAACGGCUGGGAAUUCUUACAGAAAUGAAAGUAAAAUGUGAAUACAAGAAAUGAAUUUUAAAAACCCGCAUGAGGGUAUGAACUGCAACACUUCACGUUAGUAUACUUGUACUGAAGCUAUGACGCUUCAGGAAGUAUGUCGAUGUGAAGCAUUGCUGUUCAUACCUCAUGCAAUUUCAAAAACGAAAUUCAUUUCUUAAAAAUAUACUUUUAAUAUAUAUCUGCUUUCUACCUUAUGAUUUUGUCUGAUGGACUUUAAAAUACUGAAAUGGACAUUUCUUUUCAAAACCGGUCUUAAUUUAAUCUCUACGAGUUAAAUUUAUCAGCAAAUGUGUUUUUGAAAGUAUGAAAGCUUUCUGUACAGGCAAUAUAAUUGCAGAAAUACAGCUUUUCAGUAUUUACCAAUCAUAUUAUAACCAGAUAAACCUGCAUUAAUAGCAAUCUGGUUUUAAUAAGACAUAUUGCUAUUUGAACUUUCCAGACAGUCGUAGACUAAAUGUGGAUACAUUAAAGCUGCAUAUGUAUAUCUA